AAUCCUCAAAUCACAGACAGCUCAACUGAAAAGAUGGCGACGCCCACAAAAGAUCUUGGUCUCCUUUCGAAAUGCCCAACUGCCGAUAUGGAAAAGCUACUCCAUCAAAUAGCGGACAGCCUUGCAGGACAUCAUCGUCCUCGAUAUCAAGAUUAUGGCAUGAUAUGGAGCUUGGAUGAAUGGUUCCAAGUCACCCAGAGUUGUGAGAUGUAUCUCAAAAUGACAGUUAAGAAGGAUUCUACCAAAGAUGAUAUGAAAUCUGUUCUAAAUGGUUUGUCUCAGGACGUUCAGGAUCAGUUGAUGGAGUGUGUGUCGAUACGUAGGGAUGACCUCAAGAAAGCACUUAUUGGGAACACAGCUACUAUCUCACAAUCACAUCUCACAGACUUUGAUUGGAAAUUAAAACUUGCAAUGUCCAGUGAUAAGAUCUCUUCAGUCCAGGAACCUCUAGUUAGUCUAGACCUAAGUUUGACAGAAGAUGGAACCAAUAAACUGGUCUCAUUAGAACUUGACAAACAGGAACUCCAGAAAUUGGUAUUGUCUCUGGAAACUGCUAAUCGGGCUGUGCUGCAACUAAAGACGUGAGACCUUUUGAUUCUUAUGAAAGCAAUCUGCUCAUCACACUAUCUAGACAUUCCAUUAGACCCAUGGAGAAGUGACAUUCUAUGCAUUUUAUCACAAGAGAGAUAAAGAGAGCAAACAUGGAUUUUCAUAGAUGGGUCUUAUAGACCAAGAGUUCCUGCUGCAAAGUAUAUGUAGAAUUGGAUUUCAGCGCAGAGAAUUUGAAUCAUGCUUGUAAAAUAUUUGUGAAUAGAUAAGGGCCAUGUUUCAUGAAGCUUAUCAAUUACAACUGCUAGGAUUCUGUGACUUGUGUGCUCUCAGCCAAUCAUGUGUCAAUAUUCCAGUAGUUUGUAUCUUGCCUUUGAUAAACAGUUUUGUGAAACAGGGCCCAGGAGCAGUACAUCACAACAUUAUUAUAGACUUUUACACAAGUAUCAUUUAUACAGGAUAGUCAGGAUAGGAAAUCAAUGAAUAUAUAAUUAUAAAAUAAUAACAAAGACACAUAUAUAUGCAGAUAUCAUUAUAUUAUACCAGUAAUUAUAUAUGUAUGUGUAUAUGUCUUUGUUAUUAUUUUAUGAUAUUGAAAUGAUAUCUGUAUGUAUAUGUUUCUUUGCUAUUAUUUUAAUAUUAUCAAAUAAGUAUAUCUACUCUUUUGUUUGAGAUGUUUGUAUGGUAAAAAUAGGAAGGUCUAUUUAAUAACAGUGAUGGAUAAUAAUUUAAAUUAGAGAGCACCAUUUCAAGAAAAUACAGUGUCUCGUAAAAAGAAAGCAAAGCAAGUAUGAGAGAGGUACAUUUCCAAAUAUCAAUUUGAAAGUACAAAUGUUUUGAAACAAAGUCGAGAGAGUACCAUUGCACAUGAAUUUUUUAUUAAAAAUAAUCAUUUUAUUUGAUAUAUGGAAGGAAACUACUCCAAUUGGUUUUCAAGUGGAUGACGAUAAUUCAUAAGUCUUUAAUUAUACAUUCAGAAUAUCAAACAUGAAUAUAAUACAGGUUAUAACAGAAGAUGAUUUCAAAUUGUUUUGGUCAUAAGGUUGCAGUCACAGAGGUCGUUAUAUACCUGAAAAUUGUCUUUUUGCGAUGACUGCAUAACUAAUUGAGGAGUCAACUUCAAACUUAUCUCAUGUAUGCACAAGGGAGAAAUGGUGAUAUGAUUAGAUUUGGGGUCGUGAUAUCAAAGGUCAAGGUCACACAUGUGGUCUAUUUUAAAAAUUUCAUAAGUUAUCAAUGUAAUAUAUAUCUUGUCUUGCAAUGGCAGAGGCAUGAAUUAUGACUGCAUGCAGUUGAGAAUCCUUGUUGUUAAACAUGUUGAGAUUUGAAUAUAGUAAUGAAAGUCUCCCAUAAAACACUGACCUGAUGUUGUUGAAUAGAGAAUAAAUAAGCUAACAUAACACUGAAAGUGAAAUAUUCACAAUGUGACAAUUGAGAAAGUAUGUUAUGGAAUUUGAAAGGUUGCACGAUUUGUUGGCAUAUAAGUGACAUUCAUAACACUUGUCAGAUGCAGAUGAGAUAUCAGAUGAUGUCACCCAUUCACUAUUUUGAAUUUCACAAUGAAAUAUUGAUUGCAUUGUUCACAUAAAACAAGCUCAUCUCUGCCUGGAACAUGUAAAUGAUAAUUUUUGUAACUUUCUUUUUGCAGAACUUUUUGCCAAAAUCGAUUGAAAGUGAUUGUUUGAAUUUCAUACAAUAAAAUACAUAAAAAUUGUGAGAAUGUGUCAUCAUCAGCACUCACUUUCAAAUAUGAUACUUUAAUUUACUAAACUAAACUUUUUAUUCUACAAAGCUGAUACUGACGACCUUAAGUGUUUUACCCGGGAGGGGGCAGUUCCAUUGACGAGUGGAUAACAUUAACAUGUGUGACCAUGGGGUUUUGAAAAGCACCCGAAACAAGUAUUUUCCAUGUUCUGAAAAUACACCCCUUAACAAGUAUUGGCGUGUAAAACCCUACCCUUAACAAGUAUUGGAAACAAAAUGGUACCUUUGACAAGUAUUCCCUGAAUUGACCCCCUAAGCAAGUACAACAAUAUCUUAAUUGUUAUGUCACGGACUUGAUCACAGACGUCGACUUUACCUUUACUUUCAUUGUACCACCCCACACACCCUGCUCAAAUCAGACCCUAAACACGUAGUCUUGGGGCAAAAAGUACAUCAUUUGUAAAGUAUUUUAGUCUUUUUAUACCCUCGCAAAUUGGACCGUAUACACAAAGUUUUCUUUGCAAAAUAUAUAGGCCUACCCCUUUUUCAUUAUUUUAGUGUUUUUGACACCUUUAUUACGUUACGUACGUAAUGUGCCCUAUCUUGAAAAAGAGAUCCUUUUUUUUUCGUGUUUUUGAGGUCACACAUGGUAUCCACUCAUCAAUGGAAGUGCCCCCCCCCCCCCCCACGGGGUGUUUUACUCAUUUAACUUUUGGCUGUUUAUUCAAAUCAACUUAAUUUUUUAAAAUUUUUUUUGGGGGGGAUUUGACCAUUUAUUAGCAAUUACAACAAACAUAUAUAUGAUGAAUGAAUAUGUAUAAAUACUGAUGAUAUAUUUUAGUACACUGACAGUUAAA